CAGAGGGAGGGAGGGAGGGAGAGAGGAGGAGGAACUACUGGAGGAAAAAAAAGUUAAAGUAAAAAUGGCUUCCUUGUCUUUGGAGUCUACAGAACAAUCUGAGAACAGCCCAGAGGAGCCAACGGGAACGGAUCCCAAAGAAGAGGACGAUCCGAUCCAAGUUUCGGAACAAUUGCUCCAAAGUUUCCAAAAGUCGGCUCUGAGUUUUUCCACUGACCAAGUAUCAUGUCUGUGCGAGGCCCUUCUGCAGGCGGGCAAUGUGGAUCGCCUGUGGAGAUUUCUAUCCACCAUACCUCCUUCGUCCGAGCUGCUACGUGGCAACGAGACCCUGUUGAAGGCCCAGGCACUGGUGGCUUUCCACAGGGAAGAAUUCAAGGAGCUGUACGCAAUCCUGGAGAGCUACGUCUUCCACCCGUCUAACCAUGGGUUCCUGCAGGACCUGUACCUGAAAGCCCGCUACAAGGAGGCGGAGAGGUCCCGGGGCCGCAGCCUGGGCGCAGUGGACAAGUACCGGCUCAGGAAGAAGUUCCCUUUGCCCAAAACUAUUUGGGACGGAGAGGAGACCGUGUACUGCUUCAAGGAGAAGUCAAGAAAUGCGUUGAAAGAGUGCUAUAAGAGCAACAGGUACCCCACUCCGGAUGAGAAGAAAAACCUGGCUAAAGUCACCGGACUGUCCCUCACACAGGUCAGCAACUGGUUCAAGAACCGCAGGCAGAGGGACAGGACCCCGUCCGGGACCCACAGCAAAAGUGAGUCUGAUGGAAACCACAGCACGGAGGACGAGGCGAGCCCCAUGGACGACACCCCUGACAAACCGGAGGAUGCUGCUGGCUCCACGGAGUCCAUCAUCUCCCUGUCUGCUGUCCCCUGUAGCACAGGAGGCCAGCUCAUCCUCAACGGGUCUGGUGGCUUCCUCACAGCCUCCCAGUCUUUACUUCUUAAUGGAAACUCCCUGAUCUCCGGUACUGGUGCUGGUGUCAUAAUUAACGGGCUAAGCUUGGGCGAUUGCCAGACAGUCACACUGAGUCCUGUACCAACCAACUCUCCUUUGAUACUGAACGGGGCUCAGGUAAUAACCAAACCUAGUAUCAGCGUGCAGCAGCAGGCAGUUUCUGUGGCAGAGCCGGUGGUUUCAGCCAUGGAGGCCAAGCAAAGCAGCAUCCCAGCAGUUGUUCUGAGCACUAACACCACACCGGUCUCAAACCCUCCAUCCAUCAUCUCUGUUCCUCUGCAAAUCAAGACAGAAACAAGCAAUACAAUGGAUUUCAUCAAUGUCCAAGAUUCAGAGGGAAACAGCCAGACAGUAUCUUCCUCUUCUUCAUCUUUAUCACCAUCCUCACCAACUCUGUCUUCCCCUACCAGUAUCCCCUCACUAGUCUUAACACAAAACACCCAACACCAGGAGUCCCUCACCCUCCCGGCCUCUUUGUCGUCUGCAGGCAUGGUCAUCUCCAGUUCUGCCGUGUCUCUCUCCAAUCAGCAAGCGGAGUAUGUUGUCUUUGCCACUGCCGGCUCCCAGUUAAACCCAUGUAGCUCUGUGGUUUCCACCAGCAACUCCACCCCUCAGGUCUUCUCUCUGCCCCAGGUUGUGCCUUCCAUCCAGGGUAUACCAGUAUCCCAGCUAGUCCAGCAGUCCUCAGGAGCCCAUGUGUCCCAGUGCCCUCAGUUGGUCCCAGUAUCCCCACUCACCUCACAAGCUCCUCACUUCCAAAGCCAGACAAUGAACACAGGCAACAGACUGUUGCACCAGCAGCACGAUGCUUCAACUAGUUUGCCUGAAGGUGCCACGACCAUCGUCUCCAUCUCACAGCUGAACAACAGUCAGCUCCCUCAGCGAACGGCACACCACCAACUGGGGGACCAAAACACAAACUCCACACCCAGCAAAAUCCAGGUCCCACAGGUUAUCUCCAUCUCUUCCCCAACACAAGUAGUCCCAGUCCCCCAAGCUAAAGGCACCACACCAGCACAGUUAGUCCCCCUCUCCAUGCCUCAGCUGGUCCCAGUCUCCCCCAUCCAAACUUCGUCCACCAUCUCUUUCCCCCAGGUGGUACCGGCCAGUCCUUCUCUCUCCAUCCCCUCAGCUGGCGUGCCUUUACAGAUCCUGACAUCAGCUCCUGCACCUGCAGGGGUCGCACAGGGUGCUCUCAGGAUAAACCAGCUGAGGCCCAUUCAGAGUGUGGGUCCCCCAACCAGCGUGGCGCCUGGUGUGCAGCUCCUCAACUCUGGGAUCAUUCAGCUGCCUUCUGCUGCUCCAGGUAACCUCCUCCUCGGUGGAAGCCCUUACCUGAGCGUCCAGCAAGGCAAGCUGAUUCUGACCAUCCCAGCAGGCAUUCAACUCACCAGUCUGCCCAUGAAACCAGUCCCAGAGGCAUCACCCAUCUCUGCUAAUGGGUUGAGUCCCGUUCUCGCUCCUUCCACCCCUCCUGUAGCAUCCCAACCUUCAACCACCUCAGGCCCGACCCCCAUCGGCCUCACAUCGUCUCCCCUAAACUUCAUCAACUCGUCUCCACUGUACUGUGCUCCAGAGAUUGGCACACCCGCCAUCUCCUCGCCUCAUACUCUGGACCAUUCAGUCACUGCCACGACGCCAAACACUCUUACUCCAGAAAGUAUGCUUACCCUCAGCCCCAUGUACAGCGGAGUGACACCCAACACCCACUUGUCUCAACCAGCCUGGAGCCCUGUGCCCCUCUCCACUUCAGCUAGUCUAACUUUGUUUGAUGUCCGCGGCAAGGACCUGCCCGUAGACCCGGCUUUGUUGGGCCUACCUGGAGGAGAGUCGCUGCUUCUGGGAAGCCCUUCGCCAGAGCAGGAUGUGGAAACCAACUCAGCACUGGGUAAUCCAGAGGAGAUGGACGGGGACUCCAAGAUUCUUACUCAGCUCCAGUCUGUCCCUGUGGAUGACGAGCUGGGUUUGUAGUCUGUUUACGUUGCCGGUUGGCAACCUCAUGUCUCUAAAAACAAAAAAACGCUGAAACAUACAGUAGGUUACAGACUCAAUCCUCUAAGACCCAAAUGUCUUUUACAAUAUGUUUAUGUACAACAACGAUGAUGCUCUCUUAUUAGGGCCUGAUAACAUCAUGGUCUUAGCUGGCACUUUUUAGAUGACCCCUCUGCAGCUCUGUUUCACGUGGACGGGCAGGGUUACAUGUGAUCACAAUAUUCCUUUGGGUUUUGAAUCUGACAGUUUCUUUUUUUUUUUACUAAAAUCCGUACGUGCCUUUUCUGGUUUAUCAGAUCCAGACAGAAGAACUAACACAGAUUAGUCUGCUUGGCCCGGUUACACAAGGCAUUGUGGCUUUUCCUAUUCUUGCCGAUCUUCUUUGUAGUUUUGUGGACUGCAGACCGAGUUCAGCUGUACUUGGAAAAGAUGUCUGUGGUUUUUCCUGGCAGUAGAAGUAGUCUGUUGUGGAUCCAUCGCAGUAACUAUAAACAGGAAUAUCUGGCAAAGACAUAAGAGUACUGCCUGCCUGUCCAGAACUCAUUCACAGCCUGAAUAUAUUAUUCUACCAACACUCCAGGAAUAUAGUGAAGAUUAUAUUCUUCACAAACAGAACUGAGUUUUAUGUGAAAUGUGUUUUUCUUCAGCCAUAAUUACAUCAUUGCUCCAAGGGGGGGUUAAAACAGUAUUUUAUUACUACAAGUUACUGAAGUCUGGGUUGAAACAUGCAGCCGAACGUGAGAACGCUGUCCUCGAUUCGUACAAACGUAACACAGGAAACAAAAAAGGGUCUAAUACUCUAUGCAAUGCAUGUUUAGUUCUUUAUAGGACACUAUGUGGCACAAUGGCUGAGUUGAAAAGCCAGUACACUUGGGAGAUGGGAGAAAAUGAAGCAUGACGGUGCAUUACACUAAAACAUUUGCUGUGAUCCCACGUAGUGAUAUUUUUGUUUGUCAUCUAAAAUCAUGUUUGUUGAUGUCGAUAAGUGCCUUAUUUUAAAGCUUACAGAUCCAACCCUUUUAUUGCUAUAUACCCAACCAAAUUUUGGUUUUCACAUUUCCUUGUCUUGUUUGUUUUCCAUUAAAAAAAUAAUGUGACAGUUUUGGUUGCAUAGUCACAGCUCCUCUCUCCUCUAUUUGUAUAUUUUGCACCUUUCAUUCACACAAUGUUUACGCUGUGCUGCCGUGUUGUCAUGACAGUGUUUGGACUCUCUUAAUUAGACUUUCUUAAUUGGACCUGACAGGAUAGCUAAAGCGGUAAAUCAGAAAACAGGAGACGGGUUUCCUGACGAAAUCUGUUGUAAAUCGAUAGAAAGGUUCCUUUCCACUGUCAUAACACAGGUAGUGGUCGAAUUUUGGCCAAUCAUGGUACACAAAAACACACUUCAGUGUCACAUCUAGUUACACUUAUGGCCUUUGUGUUUUUUUUUUAUAAUAUGUUUGUUCUUUGUCUUUUAUUUUUGUACAUUUAAUCUAUUUAAAGCAUGUAUCAGUCGGUUUCUAGUUUUAACUGAAAGACAAAUGAGUCCUUGUGGAAAAACGCAGAUAGGAAACGAUAGUCGUUUUCCCUCGGACGGUCACAUUCUUGUUUUACAAUCUUAGACUACAGAUAUGAAAUCAGAUUUGAGGUCAUUUUAAAAUACAGUAGGUCACCCCCUGUUAAUUAAUUUUAAGGUAGUCUUUAGAUAGAUUAUUAAAUUGCUUGGACAAAUCAAUUUUAGUUGAAAUUUA